AUGUAUUCCCCGGAAUCGGGCGGCGAUGAUUCUGAUGCAUCUACUACAUUCCCUACUAAAUCUCCUGAAUCACAAAAUAAUGAAUCUAUUACAUCCGCACCUUCACCUAAAAAUCAAUCCGAAAAUAAUUACCAAAAAACAGAUAUUCCUCCUCCUACCAUUGAACAAACUCCUACACGAUUUUUGGCCUCAUGCUCAAAACUUGACUUGGAACCUAAUCCUUUCGAACAAAGUUUUUCGGGUGUCGCUCCUGUUCCAAGCGAUGUAGGGACUAAUAGUCCAAAACCGAGUCUACCACCUGUAUCACAAAUUGCAAGUCCUGGUAUUCCGGGGGCAAGUGAUGAUCAAUACGGUUGGAGCUUACAAUCCUUAAGAAGUGGCGCUUUAUCUCCUUCUAUGCUUACCGGUCCUCAGGAUGCUACCUUAAUGAAUGAAUUUUCUCAACCUGGUCGUACCGGAACUACUCCUCUUCCUUUCGGCUCUUUCUCUGAUCCUUUCAGUAAUCCUGCUAAUAAUUUCGUUAAUCAACCUCUUCCCGUUCUUUCUACUGAUCCUUACGGUCGUGGCAAUUUUAAUCGUCCUCUCUCUGAUUCUGAUCGUAAAUCAAUCCCUUCAAAUCCUACUACUUCGGCUCCUCCUGUUACUAACGUCUCAACUUCUCAAUCUGGUGUUAUACAACCCGGUUUACCUACAACAAAUAUUUUAAAUAUGACAAAUGGCUCUUCAACUUCUUCUGCUCCAAAUGUUAUUGUUCAAAAUCCUUUAAAUCAAUCUGUUCUCGUUACAAAUCCUACCCUUAACAAUAGAAAUAUGGUUUGCGCUCCUCAACAAGAUUUGAUAAGUAGAAAUCCAAUUAUUCCAGAUACUAUCUUGCCAAAAACUGAGAACGAUGAUUUUCCUUCACAUUCAAAUAAUAUCAUUACAAAUUUACCUAAUGGAAGACAUACUAAUCCUAUAAAUACAAAUAUACCUACUCGUAAAUCUUCAAUCAUGUCCGAUUCUAUGGAUGAGGAUUCCCCUAUUAAAAUGGGAAGUUCAAGCUCUAUGAAAUCUAGUCCUCGUAGUUCAAGGCGAAAAGCUGAAGAAGCUCUCGUAAAGGAACAACCUCCUUCAAAGAAAAACGGGCAAAAAGUUAAAAAUGAAAUGACUGAUGAAGAAAAACGGAGAAACUUUUUGGAAAGAAACCAAUAUCUUACCAACGAUAACGAAAAUUUACAAAAUCAAGCUCAAUCUUUACGCGAAGAGAUUAUCAAUUUAAAAACUUUAUUACUUGCUCACAAAGAUUGUCCUAUUGCGCAAGCUAAUGGUGUUAUGGGUUUAGAUUCGAUACCACCUUCUUCUCAAGGAAUUCCAAGUAUGAAUGGUAUGAGUAUCGGUCCGAUGGGAAUGGUGCCAGGAGGUAUUCCUAAUUCGGCCAUGGCGGGUGUUCCUGUUAACGGUAUGCAAGGAUCAAUGCCAAUAUCAAAUGUACAGGUACCUCCACACAUGACAAACCAUGUUAAUGGUCCACCUG